GUCUAAGUUUGAUCGAAACUGGUCGCACAGCCUUGCAAAUACUACUUUUAUUUGUAGUAAUUAGGCACAUUCCUGUAACGUGCUCAUCUCCGGAUAUUAAUUAGAUUUAAAAUGGGAGCUCCAGAUGGUAAUCACAACAGUUCAAUAAUAGACUUCUAUGCUGGAAAGUCCGUCUUUAUAACUGGAGGGACAGGUUUUCUCGGAAAAGUACUUAUUGAAAAAUUAUUGUACAGUUGCAAGGACAUACAGAAUAUAUACAUGUUGAUUCGUGAAAAAAGAGGUAUCCCACCUCAAGAAAGAAUAAAGAAAAUGCUUGAUACUGUGCCAUUUGCCCGCCUCAAAGAAAGAACUCAGGUUUUAUCAAAAAUUGUUCCUAUCUAUGGAGAUCUCACUUCUGAAUAUCUGGGUAUCUCGCCAGAAGAUCAAGAAACAAUUUAUAAGGAGGUUUCGAUUGUUUUUCACUUAGCUGCGACCAUAAAGUUCAAUGAACCAUUGUCUGUAGCCAUGAAAGUGAACGUUGAAGGGACAAGGGAAGUUAUGAAACUCGCUCAGAAAAUGAAGAACCUAAAGUCUUUCGUGUAUAUGUCCACGGCAUUUUCCAAUACGGACAAUAAUAAUGCUACUGUUGAGGAGAAAAUGUACCCACCACCAAAAUCAAUGGAAGAAGUUUAUCAGAUGAUAAGAGAUAAUGACCCAAAUGAACGAUUUACUCCGGAAGACUUAGAUGGUCGACCAAACACAUACACAUUUACAAAGGCUUUGGCAGAAAAUUAUGUGGUCGAUAAUCACGGAGACAUGCCAACUGUUAUAAUCCGUCCUUCUGUUGUUACUGCAGCUCUACGUGAUCCAGUCCCUGGAUGGAUUGACAAUUGGCAAGGCGCUACCCCAGUACUGACUUUGAUUGCGAAAGGAUGGGUCCGCACUUUGUAUGGUGACAAGAGCUAUAAUUUCGAAAUCAUCCCCGUCGACUAUGUUGUCAACCUUACCGUUAUCUGCGGUGCUACUUGUCAAAAAUCCGAAGAGGUGCCGGUAUACCAUUGCUGCAGCAGUUCCAGUAAUCCCAUCACCUUAAAACAAACAUCAGAAUUGUACACAGAGGAGAGUUGUAAAAUUGGUUUCAAUGAACUACCAUUUCCGGGCCUGAUGUUCUCAAAAUCUAUGUGGUUCCUGACGUUAAUGACUUUGCUCCUUCAAACAAUACCUGCCUACAUCGCUGAUUUAUUCCUCUUCAUCAUUGGGAAACAGACAAGUUACGUGAAAGUACAAAACAAAUUGGCAUCGUACCUGGAUACUAUCAGAUAUUUCACUUCACACUCAUGGCUCAUGAUGACCGGUCGCUCAAGAGCUCUAUACUCAAGCCUCAACUCUGAAGACAGAAGCCUAUUCCCCUGUGACGCUACCUUCAUCAAUUGGAAAGAGUACAUACCUAUUUACUUCCGCGGAGUUAAGAAGUUCUUAGUAGACGCAUCGGAAAAAUCUAAGAAGAGCUAAUGUUAUAAAUUAGUUUGUAUUAUAAUAACGACUAAGCUUUAAUGUUAGAUAUAUUUAUUUUAAAUUUUUAUGAUUUGUAAUAUUGUCAACAAUCAUAUACCUACCUACCAGUGGGACUCCUUUGCACAGGAUGCCGGAUAGAUUACACAACGGCGCCUAUUUCUGCCGUGAAGCAGUAAUGUGUAAGCAAUCUUGUGUUUCGGUCUGAAGGGUGCCGUAGCUAGUUAAAUUACUGGACAAAUUUGGUGCCGCUCAGAAUAUUUGGGUUUCAAUAAUCUUGGGCGGCACUGCAUUGUAAUAGGCAGGGAGUAUCAAAAACCGUCAGCUGAACGUCCUGCUCAUCUCGUCCGUUGAUGUCAUAAAAAAACUAAGUAAAAACAGCCGAAUUAAAACUCUUACUCGCUAUGCAAAGCUAUCUACUGACAACAUAAAAAGAAACUUUUAAUACACCGAUAUUUUUCAAUAAAUAGUGAAAUCGACAAGUAAUAAUAUUUUUGAGGCGCUUAAGGGACUUGGUUUUACGCUUGAGUAAAUAAUAUACAACAAAAAAUAAUAGAUAAUUUGCAGACAUUUUCCUCAACUUUUGCUGUGAAAAAUUUUUUCGGUAAAUUUCAUCAUAAUAAUUGAUUUAACUAAAUGGACUGAUUUAAAAACGUGCCGCAAAAUUAAGUAUUUGUAGUUUGUACAGAUAUAAGCUAUAUAGACUUGAUCCUUCUACGCGAAGAUACAAGUCUUGACAUACAGACAGACGGACAUUGAACUAAUAAAUAGUAAAAGUCUUUAUUAAUGUAAGCAUUUUUUUGUAAUUAUGGUUUAGUUUUUUUUAAGCAUUUUUCCGUAAUUAUAGUUUUUUA